AUAACAUGAAUGUUCUGUUGUAAUUACAAGAAGCUGUCUUAGUUUGAAAAAUUCAAGCUCCUUAACUCCAUUUGGAGACUAGUUUGCUUCCCACUUUCAGAUUCAAGGUCAAUAACAAAGUCUUCAGCUGUAUCACUAUCAACAUUUGAAAUUUCCACCCCAAUCCCACAAACACGUUUGCUCAGCUGUCUCAUGUUCAAACCUUAAGACCCCCAAAACUUGACCACAGUUUCAUAUUUUCUUUCACUUCUUCAUAUAUACCCAAACACAAACCAAACAAACCCCUACUCUCUCAAACAACAAACUGAAAAAAAUGGGAACUGUUUGGCUAUCCAAACUGGUUGCAACCACCAUGUUAGUGGCGGUGUUGGGUUUACUAGCAGAGGCUCAAAUAGAAGCCAAGUUCAAGUGCAUCUCAGAGAACGCCACGUGUCACGCACUCGCCGACUACUCUCACCCAAACGGCACCACCCUCCGCCGCAUCCAAACCCUCUUCACCGUGAAACACCUCCCGGACAUUCUCGGCGCCAACAACCUCCCCGCCAACACCACGCGCGUGGCUCCCGACCAGGUCAUCAAAGUCCCCUUCCCCUGCCGCUGCAGCAACGGCACCGGCCUCUCCAACAAGGUCCCUCGCUACAAGAUCAAGAAAGGGGACACGCUGUAUGACAUAGCCACCACCGUUUUCGCUGGUUUGGUGAAGUACCCGCAGAUCCAGGUGGCGAAUGAGAUCCCUGAUGCGAAUAACAUCACCGCCGGGGACACGAUUUGGAUUCCUCUGCCGUGCAGCUGCGACGCGGUGGCCGGGAGCAGCGUGGUGCACUACGCGCAUCUUGUGCAGGAUGGGAGUAGCGUUGAGUCCAUUGCGCAGGAGUAUGGUUCCACUCAGCAGAUUCUUCUCUCCCUCAAUGGGAUUAGCGACCCCAAGUUGCUUCAGGCUCGUCAGCUGCUCGAUGUUCCGCUCCAAGCUUGUUCAUCGAGUGUGAAAAAUGAUUCACCGGACUACCCUUUGCUUGUGCCAAAUGCUACCUAUGUUUAUACGGCUAAGGAAUGCGUCAAAUGCAAGUGUGACUCCAGUAACAAUUUCAGAUUACAAUGCGAACCAUCCCAACACAAACCAAUCAACGAUUGGUCCGUUUGCCCAUCCAUGGAAUGCUCAAAGAACGUCUUGAUUGGCAACACCACCUCCACAGAUUCUUGCAACCGCACAAUUUGUGACUAUGCUGGUUAUAGCAACUCCAAAAUCUCAACCAUUCUUGCAACACAGAACACUUGUGCUGUGCCGCCGAGUGGUUCAGGAACAUCAAGUGGUUCUGGUUCAGGGGAUUCUGGUUCAGGAGCAUCAAGGAGCAACUUGCAUGGCUGGGUUUGGAGUAGUCCUCUCAUUGUCAUUCACUUCCUCCUCUUCGUUGUCUUUCUCUUGUAGUAAAAUACCCUGCCACUAUUUUGUUUCUUUCUAAUGUACAAGUCCCACUCUCUGAUUUUGUAAGUUGAGAUAGAUUGUUGUGUUGUGAGUGUUGCCACAGCUGAACCCUUUUGUUUUCUUUUUACUUUACAAUAAUUGUAACUCAGCUUUAAAUAAGAGUAAUAAUAUCUUCUUUGAUGCGUUGCAAAA